CCCCCGCUUGUUUCUGCGAUAUCAACCAGAAAGCGUUAGAGAGCAGGGCACGGCUCCUGUCUGUACGUAGCGGCUCUCAGCGGUGCUCUCCGAUUGGAGGAGAAAGACGCAACUGGUAUUUUUUUUUUUUUUUUUUUUAAAAAACAAUUAGCAUUUCGUCCGUCUUAAUGCUCAUUCUGCCCGUCUAACCGCAAACAACCUCAGGGGGAAACAGUCGCUUGGACGGCGCCGAGCGGAGAGAGCGGCGGACAUUGCAGGGAUGGAGGGACCGAGAGCAGCAGUCGUCGUCGUGAGGCAGACGGUCGGGCGCUAAUUUGGACCUCCUGAGCAGCAGCAGGUGUACGGAAGGAUAAAAGGCAGCACCGGAGGGGACCUCAGUGUUCAUGAAACUUUGCUACGAUUUACGUGCUGGGGUUGCCGUCCGCCAUGUUAAGGUAAAGCCCAGGUGCGCGGUGUUGACCAUGCUAAAGCGCCUGGACAAGAUCCGCUUCCGAGGCCCCAGGACGAGAGACGACUUCCCGGAUCUCGGCGAGUCGCCGCCGCCGUCCGACAACGAAUGUAACGACGAGGUGCAGCCGAAGCCCCGGGCGGCCCCGCGAGACACCGAGGACGCCCCGCGGGACCCUGCUGGUUCGGGGUCUCCCACGAUGGCAGCCGUCGUUCAGGAUUUCCAGAGGUCGGAGUCAGAGCGCCUCAGCGAAGUCAAAGGUCACUUGGAAAUCGCCUUAUUGGAAAAACAUUUCCUACAGGAGGAGCUGAGAAAGUUACGAGAAGAGACCAAUGUGGACUCCCUGCGGCAGGAGCUGGAAAGAGAGCGGAGUAAAAGGCUGGAUCUGGAGCAGAAGAUGAACGAGGUCCUCAGAACGAGAUUGGAGGACUCUCCACCACAGCCUCCCCGGAAACAGCAGUCACCCUCCAACAACGGCACAGCAGAGAAACAGCAGAAAGAGGUGUGGAGUUCACGGCUGCAGAAGUGGCUCCACGAGCGCUUCGGGGUUUACAUCGAGGACUUCCGCUUCCAGCCAGAGGAGAGCACUGUGGAGACAGAGGAGCCGCUAAGUGCUAAACGGUUGACAGAAAACAUGAGGCGUCUCAAACGAGGAGCCAGACCUGUCACUAACUUCUUAAGGAACCUCUCCGCCUUAUCCAACUGGCACUCUGUCUACACCUCAGCUAUUGCCUUCAUUAUUUACAUGAAUGCUGCUUGGCACGGCUGGGCCAUACCCAUGUUCCUCUUCCUGGCCAUCCUUCGCUUGUCUUUAAAUUACCUCAUUGCCAGAGGGUGGAGGAUCCAGUGGAGCAUUGUGCCUGAAGUUUCAGAACCGAUGGACCCCCCAAAGGAAGACUUGACUGUAUCUGAGAAGUUUCAGCUCGUGCUCGAUGUUGCACAAAAGGCUCAGAACAUUUUUGGUAAAAUGGCAGAUGUUCUGGAGAAGAUAAAGAAUCUGUUUAUGUGGGUGCAGCCUGACAGCACCCGGAAACUUUACAUCUGCCUGUGGGUUGCUUUCAUCACCUCCUGCGUCCUGCCGUACAAGCUGAUGGGUUUCAUGAUGGGCGUGUACGCCGGCAUCAAGUUCUUCAUCAUAGACUUCCUGUUUAAGAGCUGUCCCAAGCUUCGGGACAAGUAUGACACGCCCUACAUAGUGUGGAACAGCCUCCCCACGGACCCUCAGCUCAAAGAGAGGACCAACGCCACUGUGUCCCGGCGGCUCUCCUGCAUUGAGAAGGUUCAGCCCGUGGUUUCUCGGAGCAGCCUAGCCACCAUCCCCAGCGGCAUGAGCAGAGAGGACGACGCAGGCCGCUCUCACAGCACCAAGAAGGGACCCUUCCAUGAGAUCUUCAACCUGCCAGAAUCAGAGCGCCCUCUGGCGGUGUGCGAGAACGGCUGGAGGUGCUGUCUGAUAAACAGAGAUCGGAAGAUGCCCACGGACUACAUCAGGAACGGAAUGCUUUACGUCACAGAGAAUUAUCUUUGCUUCGAGAGCUCCAGCUCCAAAUCCAGCGCCUCCAAGAAGAAUAAAGUGAUUAAACUGGAGGACAUCACAGACGUACAGAAGUACAAAGUGCUGUCGGUCCUGCCGGGAAGCGGCAUGGGCAUCUCUAUAGCUACUCCAUCCACUCAGAAGCCGCUGGUGUUUGGUGCCAUGAUCCACAGAGACGAGGCGUUCGAGACCAUCUACACGCAGUACAUGAAGAUCUUGACCACCUCCAAACCACCGGCCAGUGCCGAGAAUUAGGCCGCCCGUUCCUCAGUUCCCCUCCUCCUUUUUCGCGGGGUGGGGGGGCUGAAAACCGAAGCGGACACGCUUCUGGCCUGGAAGUUUCCCUCAAACUCCUCCCGCUCCCUGGACGAGCGUCAGCUUCUUUCCGAAGGCUCCUGGUCCUGCUUCAGCAGGCGGACACUGUUCCUCCUGAGGGGCGACGCGAACAGAGGAGCGAGGAUCAGUAGUUUUUAAUCGAAUCAGCAGAGGGCUGGCGAGGAGCUGGAUCUCCUCGUUCCACCUCGCAGAACUCCGGACCUUUUUUCUGGCUUUCCCGUUUCCAGUGUUGCAUGUGUGAGUGUGUGUGCUUGUCGUCAGUCAGCGAGGUGCCGUCUGCUACGAUAGGAAGCUUUCUCUAGCAGAUCUAGAGCCUCCUUUUUAAAACUGCCAGAUACGCUUAGGAACCCGUGCAGAAGUUCUUGCUGUAUAUCAAAGUAUUCAUGUCAAACCGGUGCCUCUUGGCUAACCCCAACAAAACCGUAGGUGUGGACAUGUCCGAGUGUUUUUUUUUUUUUUUUUUUCUUCUUCUUCUGUGUUUAUUAGCUGUGAAAGUGUCAGCCCACGACUGACACAGGGCCUUUCUGUUUGUUUACAUGGCUGUUCUUUGUUUCAACCACAUUUCAGCAGCGAUGGAGCUGCAGCUCUCCAGCUUCCACACUGAAAAACAUUCAGCCUCUGCUCCUGUGUUUGUAAGUGUGCAGACGUGAAAUGUGACGUGAACUUUUCUUUUUUUUUUUUUUUUUUUCUCGCCUUCUCAUUGUUUGAAAGUCUUUUGUAACAAACGGCCUUUUCGGACGCGAAACUGGUAGACGAGAGCACAACACUGACCGUUGCUAAGAUACGGGGCUCUGCUAAAGAGCACAGCCUCCCGAGCCGCCCGUGUACGAGCUGGGGUCUCCCUGCUCCUCAGCAGAACUCCUAGCUGAACUUGUUGGGAUGCGUUGCGUCCCGUGGCGAUGACGUGCAAUUGAGGUGAACGUUUUUAUCCUCACAUUACCUAUCAGUUGGAAAUCUAGGCCUACUUGAUCAGAGAAAUGUAAGAAAACGCCUCUGAUUUAUUGCACUGGAGCCGUUUUGGGCUUGUUUGGAGCAGUGAAAGUUUACUGGAAAUAGUUAAAAUCAGGAUUAUUUUGAAACUACAUGGACACAGUGCCUCGCAAAAGUAUCCAUAAGCUUUAAACCUUUUUUUAUUAUUAAAGUCCAGCCGUAGACUUCAGUAUACCGUAUUUCUGGGACUAUAAGGCGCACCAUGAAUUUAUGUGUCUGUGUGUCUUUGUCCACAUAUAAGACGCACCGGAUUAUAAGGCGCAUCAGAUAUUCUUCCCAAGUGUUUAAUAUCACCCGCCCCUCCGGUAGGGUGACCAGAUGUCCCUGAUUUUCAGGGACAGUCCCCGUUUUGGACCCACGUAGUAGAGCUUUGCCGAAUGCACCUUCCCCUGUUCAGACAAAACAAACCAACCCCCAGGCAGAGAUUCUGUGCUUAACAAAUUUAGAGACAUCCCCAGUUUUCAUUAGAGGAAUCAAAUCUGGUCACCUUAAGGAGGAAAUACGCUGGCCGCGCAACGUAAGCGGCGCGGCUUACGGGCGUGUUUUUAAAAGCUUAAAUUUACACCAGAUGCUGUAAAGUACACAGUUCUGUGGCGAGAAGAACUUUAGUCAUGGGUAGUAAUUAAGUAAUUAAAGAGACAAAUUAUCAGUAAUAUAUGGGUAAGGUGUUAAAUUAUCAGUAAUAUAUCCUGACCUAAAAGUCCAUGUCUUGACCACAUCUGAUUAGAAAUUGCAUAUUUUAGCUUGUUAGCGCGUCACAGCUACAUCGUCCAUGGUGCUCUACUUUCGACCACUGUUAUUUUGGGAUACUUCCGGAAGUGAACUUUGACACAGGAUGUUGUUUUCCUGUUUAUUCCCUGUCAAACAGGAGCGUAUGCGUGUCUGAAAUUAAAACUUAAAUCUAAUUUAGGCGUCGCGUAACGUAAAUCCGCGUGUUGUACGGACACUCCGUAUCUCCUGAGAGGGAGAGCUAUCCAUCUCUGUCGGGAGGACAGAGUAGUUGAAAAACACUGCCAUGUCUAACAUAAAGCCAAAAUAAACUUAACUUCUAUAUUGAAUUAACUUACUAGGAUUAUUGUUGCUAGUAGAUACUCCGGACGCAGGCUGCCUUAUAUGGAUGCACUUCUAUUUUAGACAUUACAGUCAGGCAGUUUUGUAGACAGCUCAGGGGUCCGAUCACGUAAUGACACAGUGUACCAUAAUGCUCUGAAUAUCCAUUGAGCGGAGCGGCUUCGUUGCUAACCAAUCGUACUUGCACAUUUUACCAGAUUUCUGAGCACAUUGUACCACAAAUGUUCUCAGAAAUUUAUGGUGCGCCUUAUAUAUGAUUACCGUCGUGCUUACUGACCGAUUUUAAGUGCGCCUUAUAGUGCAAAGAAUACGGUAAUUGAAAUUUUAGCACACAAAAUAGCGUUUUAUUGUAAGGUGGAAGAAAAGCGAUCUAGUGUUUUCUAUUCCUUUUACAGUUUGAUAGUCUGAGGUGCAGCAAGUACUUAACAAAGCCCUCACUAGUGAAUAUUGCACUUCUUCCCAGCGUUGCUCAACCAGAGGCUAGAGUUUCUACCCGUGUAUCUUCACCAAGUAGCUAAAGCUCAGUCAGACUGGACGGAGAGCAUCUGUGAACUUUUUUUUUUUUUUUCCUUUAGUUUUUUCAUGGAUGCUUGACAGGAUUUUUGGUCUGGACUUUGACUGGGCCAUUCUAACCCAGGAACAUGCAUUGAUUGAAGUAAUUUCCUUGUGGCCCUGGCUGGAAGUCCCCCCCCCCCCCUGCCAUGGCCGGUCAGUUUAGCUGGGAUACUUCUGUAAGGCACUGCACCGGCUUACUUCUUGUGCUCCAGAUCAUCGGCGUUUUCAAGCGGUGGCCUAAGGCCUCGGCCGAAACGACAUUUUCAGUGUCACUUUAUUUUGAAAUUCACAAGACUAAAGCUGGCCUUU